CUCACACAUGACACAUCCAUCACAUCACACACAAAACCAAACCAAACCAAUAUUGCAUGGUCCAGUGCACCAUGUCCACAUCAACCAAGCAGCAAAGGCGAGCGAAUCCUAAGACCACUCCUAAUUAAUCACCCAAGCACUAAUCACGAUUAGCCUUCUGACUAAUCACACUCCUUCACAGCCUAAUCUUCCCGCAGCUAUAAGCUUCCCUUUCCUUCGUGUCCCCCCCCUCGCUUCGUGUCAUCGUGCGUCAAGUGUGAACGCGUCGCGACGAUGAAGCCGCCGGCGGCGAGCCCCGGGCGCGCGGAGAAGCAGCUGCCGGCGCCGCCGGGGCUGGCGCGGCUUCUGCUCAGCAAGAGCCGGCGAGGAGGCGGUGGCGGCCGCUCCCGCCGCGCCCCGGCGACGUCGCCGAUGUUCGUGUCGCGUGGCCGGGGCGGCGCCGGGCGCGCCGCGGCGGCGGCGGCGGACGGGGAGCCCUCGUCGCCCAAGGUGACCUGCAUUGGCCAGGUGCGGAUGCGGAAGGGGAAGAAGGGGAAGAAGGCGGCGGCGGCGAGCAAGGUGGCGGCGCCGGAGAAGGGGAGGGGUUACUGCCGGUGCCUCAAGAAGGCGUUCCUCUGCGGCGGCCUGUUCGACUUCGACCGGAGGCGGCGUCCGAAGGCGCCGUCGCCGGAGGUGGUAGAGAGGAGCCGCCGCUCGCCGUGGGUGUUUAGCAGCAGGGACGUGGCCGUCGCCGCCGCGCCCAAGCAGCCGGAUCCGAGGGGAGAGCACGCCGAGGAGGACGAGGAGAUGGAGGCCUCCGCGGGAGGAGUCUUCAGAUCGUUGGAGGGCGAGGAAGCGGAGCGGCUUGGGAUCAAUGGCGGCGGCGACGACAAGGAGGAGGACGAAGAGGAGGAGGAGGAGGAAGCGGAGCUCGUCUCGUCGGCGACCACCACGCCGCCCAAGAACGCGCUCCUCCUCAUGCGCUGCCGCUCCGCGCCACAGAACCGCUCGUCCCCGCUCACCUCCAGGUUCCCCGUCGCCGCCGCGCCCUCGCCGACCAAGGACGCCGCCGCCGCCGCGGAGAUCGCCGCGCCCUCUCCCCGCAAGUCGCAGAAGGCGUCGGCGGCGGCGGAAGCGCAGCACGAGGAGAGGCAAGAAGAGAUGGCAUCCGUGCAAGAGCAAGAGGAGGUGAGGGAAGAAGAAGAGGAAGACGUCGACGACGACGACGACUACGACGAGGAGGACAUGAGGUGCUCGUCGGCGCGGCCACUGGUGCUACCGAGGUGCAAGUCGGAGCCGGCGACGACGGCGGCGGCGAAGAUGGCGGGUGGCACGGCGGCGGACGCGACGACCGCCGGGUGCUUCUGGGCCAACGGCGGGAGCAGCGGCCGGAGGAGGCACGCGCCGGCGGCGGCGGCGGCCGCAACUCCGGUGGCAUUGGCCGGCCACUGAGCAGGUGGGCCCCCGAAGCUGCAUUCGGAAUCGAAUUAUCCGAUAUACUAGUAGCAAUAUAUUUCCAUUUUGUUCCUCUUCUUCAGUUAAUUAGUCUAGAAUGGUAAGCUGUAAUUUCUUGUGGGUAAUACUAGUAGUAUUAUUAUUCCUCAUGCCUGUGCCAAAAAAUUCCUUGUAUAAAUCAAGUUUACCUGAGUAUGCUGUAAAUUUGCACAAGGUGGAGUAGCACUAAGAGCUUGUUUAGUUCAAAAAAACAUUA